AUGUCUAGCGUUUCUGCAACUUUGGAUUCUGUCGCCCCAUCGUCCCCCAUUGUGUUUUUUAUAUCUGUGGUUGUUUGUACGAGUAUUUUGGUCGGGGCAGCCCGAUACUUCACUCGACUGUCUAAAUCUUCUGGCAUAUUAGGCUUACAAGUGAUCACCAAGGUCCAAGAACAAUGCCUUGCGCGCCAGCGGUCGCCUUGCCCUCCUGGGGAGCUAGAAGUCUACAUUGAACCGAAUGGAAGAUGUCACAAGUGGUCAAAAGGCCAAGUUUUCAAGUUAAACAAGAGCUCGACUGUGCUGUCGCCGGCACGAAAUUAA